UCGCUGCGCUAGCAAAUUCACCGUUGCCACUUCUUGUCAUGUUGAAAGAGCAACAGGGGUGCUUUCUGCCCUCACAUUGGAGUACAAAGAGUCACCACGACACACAGCUGUCAACGAAGUCUACCUAUAAAGGUGUUUAAAGAGCUUUGGGAGAAGGCCGGUAGGACCAACAACAGUUCAAAGUGUUUGCUCAAUAGCCCUCCAGUUCCCACACCAUCACACCACAUCCAUGUUGACUGCGGCAGCCUUCGUGCCUGGUCCAGGGAUACAAACACCGCGACCCUUUUGUUUGGCAGCGGAUAGUAUCUGGCUGAAUUGCAGUUGCUUGUCGGAGGACCACCGCAUGUUAAAGUGUACAUUCCUGUUUCAGUCUGGAGGUUUGUUUACGCGUUAAAAUGGCUGCUGAAAUGGCAUUUGGAAGAGAAUGGUCUUGAAUCAAUGCAGUAACGUUACAUUACCUAGCAGAGGCCAAAGAGCUAAUGAGCCACACAGGCUAACACAUUAUGUAUUAGCAAGUGACAAUAUUCAACGAGUUUACGGCUCAAAUAGCUUUAAUGGAUGGUCUGCUUUUUUGGUAAGCUCUUCCAACAAGAGGUAGGGUGAAGGGAAUUCCUCCCACUCCAAAUCUAUGCAUGCGGUUAACCAAGCAGCUUUAAAAAAACACUUAGCCAACCAUUUCUUAGCCAUUUUCUCUAAAGCUGUGUACGCAGGCUUAUUUUAGCCUCGACUUGAAUAUGAAUAACAUUCAACGAAUAUGCAGGACUUCUUUGUUAUGAUUAAAACAGCCUGAGUAGCCGAGGCUUUCUCCCAAAGCAGAGCUAAAGGCCCCGGUCUCUCACUCGGAUCGGUCAACCUGGGGGAGAAAAAAAUGGAUCCUGGGGGGAGAUGUACGACUAAACUCUUUCUCUUUGGACCUAAAGCAGCCACCCACAGCGAUGUGCGGGGCAUCAACAGAUACUUGGUGGUCUGUGUUUUGUUUUACUUGGUCCUCUUCACUCACGCCUCUCCGGCGAAACCGUGCGACAAGAAUUGUCUCUCCGGAAAAUGUAUAAACGGAUCCUGCAUCUGUGAUCGAGGAUGGGUUGGAGACCAGUGCCAGCACUGCCAGGGGAGAUUCAAGUUGACGGAGCCCUCAGGAUACCUCACCGAUGGUCCAAUCAACUAUAAGUACAAAACAAAGUGUACCUGGCUCAUUGAGGGCUAUCCAAAUGCAGUUCUUCGGUUAAGGUUUAACCACUUUGCCACAGAAUGUAGUUGGGACCAUAUGUACAUCUAUGAUGGAGACUCGGUAUAUGCUCCUCUGGUUGCUGUUUUCAGCGGUCUGAUUGUACCAGAAGUUCGGGGAAAUGAGACAGUCCCUGAGGUUGAGACGACUUCAGGCUACGCACUACUACACUUUUUCAGCGAUGCUGCCUAUAACCUCACAGGAUUUGAAAUAUUUUACUCGAUCAACUCUUGUCCCAAUAACUGCUCUGGUCAUGGGAAGUGCACCCCUGGGAACUCAGCUGCUAGCAGAGUGUACUGCGAAUGUGACAAGUACUGGAAGGGUGAGGCGUGCGACAUCCCCUACUGCAGGAACAACUGCGGCAGCCCUGACCACGGAUACUGCGACCUCACCGGGGAGAAGUUGUGUGUCUGCAAUGACAGUUGGCAAGGCCCAGACUGCUCCCUGACUGUACCUUCAACAGAGUCCUUCUGGGUCUUACCCAGCGUCAAGCCCUUUGGCACAUCACUCGCCAGGGCUUCCCAUAAGGCCGUGGUGCAGGAGAAGGUCAUGUGGGUGGUGGGCGGAUACACCUUCAACUUCAGCUCCUUCCAGAUGAUUCUCAACUACAACCUGGAGAGUGGCAUCUGGAACACAGUGCCCAUCAAUAGUGGCCCCGUGCCAAGAUACGGCCACUCGCUCGCUGCCUACCAGGACGAUAUCUACAUGUUCGGUGGGAAGCUGGAGGCCGGUUGGGGGAAUGUGACGGAUGAGCUGUGGGUGUUCAACAUACCAAGCCGGACGUGGCAACGCAGAAACCCUGUGGUCGGCCCGCCCGCCCAGGCUCAGAUUUACGCAGUGGAGGGUCACUCAGGCCACUGCGUUGUGCUGGAAGAUGACGAGCCCAUAAUGCUGGUCAUUUUUGGCUACUCCCCCAUCUACAGCUACGUCAGCAACGUUCAGGAGUACAACCUGAGGUCCAACACUUGGUCGGUGCCUGAGACCAAAGGUGCCGUUCCCCAGGCAGGCUACGGCCAUAGCAGCACGUUUGACAGCGCCAGCAGCAGCGUGUAUGUUCACGGAGGCUAUAAGGCGCUGCCUGCCAACAAAUACGGCCUUGUUGAUGACCUUUACCGCUAUGACGUUAACGCACGGACAUGGUACAUUCUGAGAGAGAGCGGCUAUCCGCGCUACAUGCACUCAGCCGUGCUCCUCAGCGGCACCCUGCUCAUUUUUGGUGGCAACACGCAUAACGACACAUCACUCAGCAAUGGGGCCAAGUGUUUCUCUGCUGACUUCCUUGCCUAUGACAUUGCCUGUGAUGAGUGGAGACUCCUGCCUAAACCUGACCUGCACAGGGAUAUCAACCGCUUUGGACACACUGCUGUGGUCAGCAAUGGGUCCAUGUAUGUGUUUGGGGGCUUCUCGGGUGUGUUGCUCAAUGACGUGCUUGUAUACCGACCCCCCAGCUGCCAGGCCUUCUUGGCAGAGGAGGGGUGUGUGAAGGCCGGACCAGAGGUCCGCUGCAUGUGGAGCAGAGACCGCUGUCUCCCUUGGGAACCCAGCAUGGCUAAUGAAAGCCUCAGUCCUGCCCCAUUCUGCCCCCCUAAAGCUGUCACAGUUGAUGAGCGGUGCUACCGGUUUUCAGACUGUGCCACCUGUACAGCCAACACCAAUGGGUGCCAGUGGUGUGACGACAAGAAGUGCAUCUCUGCCUCAAGCAACUGUACCUCUAACGUGAAGAACUUCACUGAGUGUCCAGUCCGGAACGAGCAGGUGUGUAGCAAGCUUGCCAACUGCAAGAGCUGCUCGCUGAAUCUCAACUGUCAGUGGGACCAAAAUCAGUCAGAGUGCCACGCUUUGCCUGCCCAGCAGUGCAGUGAGGGUUGGAGCCAGGUGGGAGAGGCCUGCUUGAGGAUCAACUCCAGUCGGGAGAGUUACGACAACGCCCAACACUACUGCAAGAACCUCAAUGGAAACAUCGCCUCUCUCACCACCUCCAAACAAGUGGACUUUGUGCUAGAGGAGCUUAAGAAGCUACAGCAACAAGACAAGCGGCUGUCCCCCUGGGUGGGCCUGAGGAAAAUCAACGUGUCGUACUGGGGUUGGGAGGACAUGUCUCCCUUCACCAACAGCAGCCUGCGCUGGCUGCCUGGCGAGCCCAGUGACUCUGGUUUCUGUGCCUACCUGGAAGAGCCUCAGGUGUCUGGUCUCAGGGCCAAUCCUUGCACUGCCACUGCCCACGGCCUCAUCUGCGAAAAAGCUACCGGGAAUCCCAAUCAGAGUGCCCGUCCAUCCUGUAAGAAGCCUUGCUCCCUACACACCAACUGUGCCAACUGCACCAGCCAGGCCAUGGAGUGUAUGUGGUGCAGCAGUGCACAGCGCUGUGUCGACUCCACUGCUUAUGUCAUCUCUUUUCCCUAUGGCCAGUGUCUGGAGUGGCAGACUGGAGAUUGUGUGGCCCAGAACUGUUCAGGCCUGCGGACAUGUUCCCAGUGUUUGGAGCAGCCUGAGUGCGGCUGGUGUGGGGACCCCAGCAGCACAGGAAAGGGUCUGUGUAUAGAAGGCUCAUCCCGGGGGCCAAUGAAGAGACCGGCAAAGCAGGGCCAGCAGGGCCAGUCCCAGGACAUGAUCCUGGAGCCAGACAGCUGCCCCAAAGACAAGGGCUUUGAGUGGGCCUUCAUUCAGUGCCCUGCAUGCCAGUGUAAUGGCCACAGCACGUGCGUGAACGGCAGUGUGUGUGAACAGUGUCGCAACCUCACCACUGGUCCCCACUGCCAGACCUGCAUGCCUGGUUACCAUGGAGACCCAACCAAUGGUGGCAAAUGCCAGGCUUGUAAGUGUAAUGGCCAUGCAAGUGUGUGCCAGGUGUUAACUGGAAAGUGCUUCUGUACCACCAAAGGGAUCAAAGGAGACCAGUGCCAGCUAUGUGACUCAGAAAACCGUUACCUUGGCAAUCCACUCAGGGGAACCUGUUACUACAAUCUGUUGAUCGACUACCAGUUCACCUUCAGUCUCAUCCAAGAAGAUGAUAAUCACUACACUGCCAUCAACUUCAUGGCCUCACCUGAACAGGCCAACAAGAACUUGGACAUGUCUAUUAAUGCAUCCAACAACUUUAACCUCAAUAUCACCUGGUCGGUGGGCUCAACAGCUGGAACCAUUUCUGGAGAGGAAGUGCCCAUUGUGUCCAAAACUAACAUCAAGGAGUACAGAGACAGCUUCUCCUGUGAGAAGUUCACCUUUAGAAGCAACCCCAAUAUCACCUUCUAUGUCUACGUUAGUAACUUCUCAUGGCCCAUCAAGAUCCAGAUUGCCUUCUCCCAACACAACAGUAUCAUGGACCUUGUCCAGUUCUUUGUGACAUUUUUCAGUUGCUUUCUGUCGCUACUCCUGGUGGCAGCAGUGGUGUGGAAGAUCAAACAGACCUGUUGGGCUUCACGGCGGAGAGAACAACUAAUGAGAGAGCGUCAGCAGAUGGCCAGUCGUCCAUUCGCUUCAGUUGCUGUUGCUCUGGACGCCAGGGGAGAACAAACAGAAAUGUUGCAGCCUAUGGUUGAUGGUCCACCUAAACCCGUUGCGAUGGAGCCGUGUUCAGGAGGAAAAGCUGCUGUGCUGACUGUCCUCAUGUGUCUGCCAUCUGGUCCCUCGAGCUUGCCUCCACCAGGCCAGUCAGGACUCAUUGUUGCCAGUGCGCUGAUAGACAUUUCACAGCAGAAACCAUCUGACUUUAAGGAGAAAUCGCAGGCUUCAAAGAACCGAAAGGCUCUUCCUCCAGCACACCAAGGCACCUGUGUCUGAGUCUCAACCCAUUAGUCCAUUGGGUCCCUUUUUACACCAUCUGAGGUCAUAUUGUUCCAACCUGUCGCUGGUCCCGGUUGGAGGCCGUUCCAGAGAGAAGACACAGCUACAUGUUGAAGAUUUCAUUUGGCUGCUACUACUCAAGUUUUCACUGAAACUUGCCAAGUCCCAGGAGCACAACUACUCUUACGUUUCCUGCCCUUGUACUGUACUCUGCUUAUAUCAACCACCGGUCAAAUGAUCACAAAUCCUUCUCCAAGCUCCUGCAACAAUAUAUCCUCCACGUACUGGGCUACAAACCUCACGGCAAAGUCGAGUGUCUACACUAAGCGGAAACCUGCCUGAUGUGUGGCUAGCAAUGACAUCAGAGACAGAUUCAUUUGGAGGAAUUUGCACCUAUUGAAGCUUCAGUCGUAAAUGUUUCGUGGCUCAUCAUCAAUUUGCUCAGCAUGAGGAAGAGGCAAAGGUCCCACAGUGUUGGAAAUCAAACAGAGGAUAAUAAAUUGCUGGCAGACAUCCACUAUAUGCUGCCUAUGGGUUUUGUUCUUCUUUUUGCUUGCCAACAAGUGGUAUUCUAUGGUGCUAAAGUGUUUAGUUUUUAUGAUAAGCCUGACUUUUACGGACUAAAUGAACUCUGCCUUUUUCAUUGGGAAAGCUAUGUGCUAGGCAAGGACUCUUCUUAAUGCCCCCGUGACCACAUGAAAGUGUUUUGACACCCCCCUUUGCCAAUUACCAUCAAUGAUCUGUUUUAGCAUUUACUGUACAUACUGUAUGUAUCAUCCACCUAGCUGAAGCUAAAGUCUGUAUUUUCAGUGGAAUACAUGUUUAAAUGCUGCAGAGACAUGACACUGCAAUCACUACCAGCGGCAUGCGGGGGAAGACUUGCAAUUUGAAGGAGGCACGAACAAAUCGCAAAGCUAAAAUAGCAUGGGAAUCUCCAAAGCCUAAGAAGUACGAUGCAUUUUAUUAACAAACUGGAAGAUUAAUUUGUUACAAAAAAAUCCAGAAUUUUUCAGCGAACCCUCGAUAGUAGUUACGUAAUGCGGAGAAUCACUGAUGUUCUGGUCAGUUCUGUUACUGUAGUUUAUUAUCUUAUCAUUUUGCUGUGCAACUUGGACAUCAGGCUUCUUGAACUUGCUCUUGGAUCAGUUUGGUAGUUGGAUGCUGUUCAGGAGAAAGACGUCUGCAUAAUAAAGUUAGGCCAGGGACAUCAUUCUCCUCUGGCUGUUACUAGUUUGUUUUGUAAGUUUUUUAAAGAGUCCGCUGAAGCUAUGACUUUAUUUCCAUCUUUGAGUACAAGGAGUUACGUUACCUUUUUAUAAUGCCUUUGCGCUUUCCAUCAAAUUCUUAAGGAGGGGGGGCAUGUUGAUCUGCAGAGUUUUAAAAGCUGUCGACCAUUUUUAGCCCCGACUCCACCCCUGAGCUGUACAGUGUCUUGUUGGAACAAAUGUGUGAGUCUUCGUCACUCUUUAUCUCUUGCAAUUUCAUGUGUUUGUCAGGUUUUUAUGACAGAAUGGCAAGAGAUUAUCUUUUUUUUUAGGCCUUGUCACUUGUUACUAUUAUAUCUAUGAUCAAUUGUCUUUUGCUACACUUGUGAAAAGAGCAUUUUCUGUUGAUAUUUUUGUUUUGAUAUUUAACAGAUUCCUGUGUAAUAGCGCAUUUAACUUGAUUUUAUCGUUGACUUAAACCAGUUUUAACGUCAACUAUUUUUGAAUUGUGCAUCAUUUAAGGACUGUAUGGGCAUUGUCUUGCUUUGUGUUGAAAAGUGGUCAUUAUGAUGCAUUUCAUUAAGGUUAGUAUUCCAGCUAAUGUGUUUCUUAUUUUGUGUUUGUAAAGUGAUCCUAUAACAGUGUCAUUACACAGGAAUCAGGGUCUCACUGUAACAUGAAAAAAAAGAUGAGAAAGUUCAUAUCAGUAAUCUUCAGUGUAUUUUAAAGAUGGACAACACGCCA